ACCUUGGUUUGGUAAUAAAAUAUUUCAUAUUUCAUAUUUCAAUGUUGGUAACCAAUGAAACAUUAAUGUUCUAACGAUCAUCAGAAACAAGUAUUCAAUUUGUAGGAAUUCAUCAUUUAUUAUUUUUUUGUAAGAAAGCGGCGUAAAAAGGUGACGAAAAUCAUGCAGAGUUCAGUAAAAGCCAUCGGUUUAAAAAUCCGAACGAUGGGUAAAAAUCAAACAUCCCAAUCGGCAAGAAUCAGAACACCAGAGCAAGCCCAUUUGAAUAAUGCUGUUAACGAUGGAACAGUGAUGCUAAGUCAUGGAUACUGUUUGGCACACAAACUCGGUUCUGGUAGUUAUUCCAAGGUACGGAUGGCCGUGCACAAGACGACCCGAAAGCGUGUUGCUGUCAAGAUCAUUGAUAGAAGACGAGCACCUAGAGAUUACCAGGAUCACUUUCUCCCAAGAGAAUUAGCCGUCAUUCGUCAGCUUCAGCAUCCAAAUGUUCUGCGCACCUAUGAGUGGUUUGAACAGAAUCAAAAGGUCUACAUGGUUUUAGAAUUAGCAGAAUCUGGUGAUGUAUUGGAGUAUAUACGUACUGUUACCAAGGGUGCAGUCCCAGAGGUCCUUGCAAGAAAGUGGUCCCUUCAAACUGGACGAGCUCUUCUUUACAUGCAUGAGAUGGAUGUGGCACACCGCGAUGUAAAGUGUGAAAACCUGUUACUCGAUCGCUGUAACAACAUCAAACUAACUGACUUUGGCUUCGUAAGAUCAGUCGGGAAGGGUAGUCUCAGUAAGACCUUCUGUGGAUCUGCUGCAUAUGCUGCUCCAGAGAUCAUCCGUUCUGUGCCUUACUGUCCUUUCAAGAGUGACGUGUGGGCUUUUGGAGUGGUCAUCUACAUCCUGGUUGUUGGUUGCAUGCCGUUUGGUGAUGACGUCAAGAACAUCAAGAAGAUCCUUCAUCAGCAAUACUCAGGUGCUCAUUUCAACGCCAGUAAUAGCACUAAUGUCAGAGACGAAUGUCGGGACCUGAUUAGAAGCAUGUUGACCAUAUCUACGAAGACUAGGUUGACACUAGGAGAGGUGAUGGAGAGCGAGUGGCUUAAUCAAGUUCAGAUUUCUUAAAGAAAUCUUUUCAAAAAUGUGGAUAUUAAAAGAUCUUGUGAUAUGGGUCUAUAUGACCAAUAGAAUUCAAGUUAACUAAUAGUUCUCGUAUCUGCAAGGACUCUGAAUUUUGUCAACCUGAAAUAAAUUGUAAUGGAGUAUCGCUGGGUGGAU